UCCAGGCAUCUAUCGCGCAUAUUACUCAUUGCUUCGGAGCUUCGGGAGAGAUAGACGUGCUGCCGACCUCUGAGAAAUUUGAAGUCGGUCCCGCGGAGUUUACGAUCAGAAACGGGACGAAUGCCGGGGAGAUGAUAAGUCAAACGUAAUCGCAGUAAUUUAGCUAAUGUCAUAAGUCGAGCGGAAAAAAUCGGCUCGAUAUAUCUUGGAGUAGUAGGUGAACUUUUGCACGACGGUAUUGCUAUAAUUUCCUGCCGGGUUUCAGUGGUUGUUGGCGAAACUUGUCAGUGUGUGGCUCGCUAAUACGUGCGACAGUGAUCGAUUUUCAAAAGUCCAAUCAUCUUGCCUCUCGUGGACUCGUGCUUCAAGGCAAUAACACGCGCUGCAGCACGGGACUUGUAUCACUUGAGGAUCAGCAGCUCUAUCUGACGGAGUUGACGGAAAUUGAUGACACAAAGAGAGAGAUAGACAGACAGAGAGAGAAAGAGAUAGAAAACGCCUUGUGUAUUUUGAUCUCGCAGGAAUGGGAGGAUGCCAUUAAAAUGACAACAGCUUGAGUCUGUAAUAUUCAGAUUGUGUUUUGUAAUACAUAUUUACAUCAGAAAAUAACUGUUUAACGUAGAAAUGACAAGGGAGAACGGCAAGGUGAUGACUGCGGACCCGCCACAAAUUGAAAUGGACGUGGAGGCCAACUCCAACUCUCCGGACUGCGGUCCGACCGACUUCAGCAAGUUGUUUGAACAGGCAGCAAAGCUGCAAGUGCAGGACCAGCUUUUAUCGGUCUCGACCGAUGCUCAACGGCCCGCGGUGUCAGCACCAACUUCGAGGCAAGGGUCUGUGAAAAGGUCAGGUUCCGUGAAAAGAUCAGGCUCGGUGAAACGCUCCGGUUCCGUGCGGAGGAGCGUGAAGCCCAAGGCAAGCGACGGAGAAUCCUUCAACGCGGCUCGGACUAGAACGAAUAGCUUACCGAUGCUGGUGUUCCCGGACUCGGACGAUAAACGAGGGAGUGCCCACAAGAUGCCCGGGGACGACAGCGACCAGGACGGGGAUUGUAUACGCGUCAGGGAGUUUCACCUCUCGCCGAAAGGCGGAAUCACGCAUAGGGGAGAUUCGUUUCGCAGAAAGGGCAGGAGUAACGUUAGUGUGAAUUCCAUAAACUCCGCCAAAGGAGCUACGGGCGGUGUCCAGCAGGACGCCUCGGGGGGACAAGGGACAACGUUACUGGGGAGGGAGGGGAGUAUCCAUUCGCAUACUAGUGCUAAGAAACACGCACCUGCCCCGGAGGAGGGAGACGACGGGGAAGGGCUGAAAAAGUACAGAGUGUUCAUGCUGGGAGCACAUGGGUCUGGCAGGAGGGCAAUAACACAACAGUUCACCACGUGCGAAUACCUGGAUACUUUUAACACCUCAGAAGAUGAUACUCGCCAUGAAAUCCGCCUGUCAGUUGCUCUGGAUGGAGAAGAAUCGGAAUUAAACUUCGUCUGCCCGCCACCCGACCAUAUUGCCAGUUACGAGGACGAGGCCACCGCGUACGUGUUGGUGUACUCCAUAGCCGAUAAAAGGUCAUUUCGAAAAGCCUGCGACCAGCUACAACGAUUACGGGACGAGGAAAAUAACACCUGUCCCAUCAUUCUAGUUGGAAAUAAGAUGGACCUGGCCAGGGCUAGAGAAGUAUCUAUGCACGGUAUGUUAGCCAUUUAA